AUGGUGGAUGGCGCGCCUGCUGUGAGAGUCGCGCGCCGACUUCGGGCGGACGCCGACUCAAUGUCGACGCGCGAGCACGCCGGCGCGCAUGAUGAGGGGUUUGACAUUGACCUGGGGCAGCAGGCGUCGUCCGCUGCCUCGGAUGACUUGGAGCGGCACUUGUCGCCCGCCUCCACGAUGCGCAAGGCCUGGAAGAUGGCCGCGCCUGGCGCGCGGAAGGGUGAUUUUGACGCCAAGCGCCGCGCCAAUUUCGCCUGGCGGCAGCUCAACCUCAACGGCGGAUCGCGCAAGCGGCAGCGCUACAUCGCCCACCUGCCAGCCUACAGUGACGGCCUCCUGGGGGCCAGCCACACGGACAUGGAGAGCCUGGUGCCAGUGCGGCCGGAGGAGGAGAAGCUCCCGUGUUUCUUGCAACGCGCUAGCCGAGCGAAGGCUGGUGGACAUGCGUUCUGGCCCGUGGCCAUGACGUCUAUCUGCCUUGGGGCGGCGGUGGUGGUGCCAUACAUUUCCUUUUUGAGGCGCGACCCUGGAGGAGUGCUCUUCUUCAGCUUCGUCGUUCACGUGAUGAUCGUGUUAAUGCACCUGCCUGCUGCUGGCGCGCUCAUACGGAGGAGGCAGAUUCCUAUCCCCUUCCAUGCUGCCAUGGCAAUCUUUUGGUGCCUUUUCACUACGCUCAAGUCCGACGCCUUUGUUCGGAUGCCCACAUCUCUGUGCGUACUUCUCAGCAACAUGAGGAUGAUGGUCGGGAUGGUGGUGCAGGUCUGCCUUUUCGGCAAGCGUUUCUCUCGCUCUCAGGUGCUCGGUGCGGCCAUCGCCACCGCUGGUAUUGCCACCGCAGGCAGCGCCAUGCAGCAGGCGAGCGCACCUGCGAAGAGCAGCGGGCCGUCCAUUUCAGUGAGCUUCCUCAUCGGGCUGGCGGAGAUGCUGGGCUCCUCGCUCUGCCUGUCGCUGCACAGCUCCACCAUCAAGGUAGUCUUCUCCAAGUACGGGGAGUGCGUCGAGGAGCAGGUCUUCGUGACGCACCUGGUUGCGCUGCUGGUCGUCUUCCCCAGCCAGUGGGAUAAGGUCGGCCCCAGGAUCACCAAGAUGGCGGCGACGCUAGACUGGGGCCUGCUGCUCAAUCUGACAGCUGGCGUUCUCUUCAACGUUGUAUCCAGGCGGGCUGGCGCCCGGCUGGCAGGACGGGCGCCCAACCUGCUGAUGGCGCAGCUGGUGCAGACGGUGGACGGCUUCGUGCAGCUGCUGCUGGCCUCCCUGCUGAACGCGCCGCCGUAUCCGCCGACGGGCUUCUGGAGCGGCGCCGCGGGGCUCCUGCUGGGCACGCUGCAGUACCUGCGCGCCUCCGACGCCCCCCCCGACGGCAGCUCCCCGUCGCACUCGCCGUCGGGGUCGGAGGACGAGGCCCCGCUGGCGCCCGUGGACAAGUUCGGGAGCCCGCUGCAGGCCGCCUGGGCCAGCGCCACGGCGGCGGCCAAGCACCGGAGGGUGUGGGGUCCACCGUCGCUGCGCGCCAGGAGAACAGGGCCUGGCGGAAGAUGCGGAUGGAAGAGCGAGCCCUGCAGUUGUCCCGCGACUACCCAGGGCAGUAGGCCAGGCGUGUACCUCGCAGCAGUGGUACUCUGA